CGAAGACGAUAAAAUCGAAGAGAGAGAGGUCAAAUGCCAAACAUAAAACCUUCCAAAUCCAAACAUAAUCUGCACCAAAAUGGCCGGCCUCCGCCUUUCGUCCAUCCUCCCAAACCCCAACCGCCGGACUCUGGCCUUCAUUUUUUUGACCGCCCUCCUCUGCCUCCUCUCGUACCUCCUCGGCAUCUACCAAAACUCCCGGCCUUCCAGCCCUCCUCCUCUCCCCGCCCACCGCGCCGCCGCCGACUGCCUCCUCCGCCCCCUCCCCCGCCCCCCCUCAGCCGCCGGCGCCGAGCUCGACUUCCUCCCCCGCCACUCCGCCGCCGCCGCCCUCGCCUCGCUCCCCGAUGGCGAUCUCCCUCCGAUCCCCUUCUGCUCCCCGAACUUCACCGACUACUGCCCCUGCCAAGACCCCAACCGCGAGCGCCGCUUCCCCAUGCACAACCUCGAGCACCGCGAGCGCCACUGCCCCGUCCCCGACGAGCGGGUCCGCUGCCGCGUCCCCCGCCCGGAGGGGUACCGGACCCUCUUGCCGUGGCCUGCCAGCCGCGACCGCGCCUGGUUCGCCAACGUGCCCUCCAAGAAGCUCAGCAUCGCCAAGGCCGACCAGAAUUGGGUCCGGGUAGAGGGGAAUUGGCUGGUGUUCCCCGGCGGCGGGACGUCCUUCUCCCAGGGUGUGAAGUGGUACGUUGACCAGAUGGCCAAACUCUUCCCGCUGAAGAGCGGGGAGAUCCGGACGGUUCUUGAUAUCGGGUGCGGGGUUGCCAGCUUUGGUGGCCAUCUACUGGACUAUAACAUUUUAACAAUGUCUGUUGCACCAAGAGACGUGCAUGAAGCUCAAGUACAGUUUGCCCUUGAACGUGGACUGCCUGCUAUGCUCGGAGUCCUAAGCGUUCACAAGCUACCAUAUCCAUCAAGGUCCUUUGAUAUGGCGCACUGUGCAAGAUGUUUGAUCCAGUGGGCUGGUUAUGAUGGGUUGUAUUUGUUGGAGAUUGACCGGGUUCUCCGACCUGGUGGGUACUGGGUUUUGUCAGGACCACCCAUCAAUUGGAAAAGAUUACACAAGGGUUGGCAGAGGUCACCUCAAGAUCUACAAGCAGAGCAGAAUGCUAUAGAGGAUCUUGCUAGACGACUUUGCUGGAAGAAGGUUUCAGAGAAGGACGCAAUUGCAAUAUGGAGAAAACCAACUAAUCAUCUCCACUGCUCCAAAAAGUCCAAGAUUUUGAAAUCUCCACCUUUCUGUGAAGGAACUGACUUGGAUUUUGCUUGGUAUAAGAAGAUGGAGUUAUGCAUUACUCCUCUGCCAAAGGUGAAAGCAGCUCAGGACGUAGCUGGUGGCUCUCUUGAAAAGUGGCCUAGAAGACUGCAUGCUGCACCUCCAAGGAUAACCACUGGGAGCAUAGAGGGGAUAACAGUUAAGACCUUCAAUCAGGACAAUCAAAUAUGGAACCAAAGAGUUGUGCAUUAUGAGGCAUAUUUUAGCUCUCUCAAAGAGGGUAAAUACAGAAACAUUAUGGACAUGAAUGCUGGUUUGGGAGGUUUUGCUGCUGCAAUGUCCAAAUAUCCAGUUUGGGUCAUGAAUGUCGUUCCUGCAGAUGCAACAAACAAUACUCUUGGUAUCAUCUAUGAGCGUGGACUUAUUGGAACAUAUAUGAACUGGUGUGAAGCUUUCUCUACUUAUCCCCGCACAUAUGAUCUAAUACAUGCUGAUGGGUUGUUUAGCAUGUACAUGAACAAGUGUGACAUUGUCGAUAUCCUACUUGAAAUGGAUCGCAUUCUUCGCCCAGAUGGGGCUGUCAUAAUUCGAGACCAUGUCGACGUUGUUGUGAAAACAAAGAGAGCUGCUGAACAGUUAAGAUGGCAAAGCAGGAUUGUUCAUAGCGAAAAUGGGCCCUUCCAUCCUGAGAAGCUUCUCAUUGUUGACAACUCCAUAGCAGCAAGUGCAAAUUAGGCCAAAAGAAGAAAAAAUCCCUUGAUCUAGCAUGUCUGUGGAUGACAAUACUAUCAUGAUUUAACACACAAAAUAUUUGUUUUCUUAUCUCCUUUUUCUGAAGGGAGUAGAGCAUAAAGAAUAAGGAGGGCGUCAGGAAGAAGGAUAAGUUAAAGUUUUACCCAGACGCUUUAUUCCAAGGUGGCAACUAUGAGAUCCUGAAUGUUCGCCAGUGACGCAUUAGCAAAUUCUUUGGGAAUGCCAGAGCUGGAUGGGUUGUUUGCGACCCACACAUCAACUAGCAAUCAACAGCACCUUGUUAUUUACCAUUCAUAUAUCUAUGUUGGAUACUAUGGACCCUUUUUCCAGUCAAUUAAAGCACUAGGCUUUUUAAUGAAGAAAUUAUUUUUCUUCUCA